UUUUUUAAUUUUUCUUUGCUCUUAUUUUUCUCCCUUGUCUCUCCAUCAUUCCUAGAAAAAAAUCAUCUUUUAUCUCCCUUUUCUGCUUUCUCUUUCAAUCGCUCUUUCACCUUCCUUGGCUUCAACCCAUCUUUUCUAACCUCUUCCUCUUUCUCUUCUUUGUUUUGCUUCAAAGUUAACUGCUUUGCAUAUUGGUUUCCACUUGGUUGGCAGAAAGUGUCAUUAUUACGUGUAGGUGAGGGAAAGUAGUACAAGAAUAGAAGAGAAACCAGUACUUUAUGCGUGUGCCGAUCCCUGAAAGAACUUCACACUUUGUUUCUCUUUUGGACAAGCCUUUUGUUCUUGUCUUGCAUCAGUUUCGCCGAGUAAGUUCAGAGAAAGCUUACCAAUAUGCCUAUUAGGCAAAUGAAAGAUAACUCAGAGCAACACCUUGUGAUAAAGAAUCACUUGCAAAACACUAUGAACCCGAUUCAAAGAACGCCAAAGACUGCACAAAAUGGAAAAGGUCCACCAGCAGGUCAUGAACCACACAACACAAAACAAUCCCAUAACCACACCUCACCUCCAACGAAGAACAAAGGAAGAAGAAGAGGAAGAGGUGGUAGAAAAUCUGAUCAAGGCGAUGUUUGUAUGAGACCGAGUUCGAGGCACUGCACGGUAGCACAGAAGCCAGUGAAUCCUGGUUCUGCUGAUAUUUUGGCUGCUACUUCAAAUGGGUCUAUUCAGAAUGAUCAUAACUUGUCUGGAAUGGAAAUGGGAUUUCCUACUUCAAGCAAGUCUUUGAAUUUUGCAUCUAGGCCUGGUUUUGGUCAAGUUGGAACCAAGUGUAUCGUAAAGGCUAACCAUUUCUUUGCUGAGUUACCUGACAAGGACUUAAACCAGUAUGAUGUUACUAUAACUCCUGAAGUGACAUCCCGAACGAUGAACAGAGCUAUAAUGGCAGAGCUUGUGAAAUUGUACAAAGGAUCAGUGCUAGGAAUGAGAUUACCUGCUUAUGAUGGCCGAAAGAGUCUGUACACAGCUGGUGAAUUUCCAUUUUCUUGGAAGGAGUUUAGUGUCAAGCUUGUAGAUGAAGACGAUGGCAUCAAUGGCCCCAAGAGAGAAAGAGAAUAUAAAGUGGUAGUUAAGUUUGUUGCACGAGCAAACAUGCAUCAUUUAGGCCAAUUUCUAGCUGGUAAGCGCGCUGAUGCUCCACAAGAAGCACUGCAGAUACUUGACAUUGUGUUACGAGAGUUAUCAACAAAGAGGUAUUGUCCUAUUGGGAGAUCCUUCUUUUCACCUGAUAUUAGAGCACCGCAAAGGCUUGGUGACGGUUUGGAGUCAUGGUGUGGUUUUUACCAGAGUAUUAGGCCAACUCAGAUGGGCUUGUCUCUGAAUAUUGAUAUGGCUUCGGCUGCAUUCAUUGAGCCACUACCUGUUAUAGAGUUUGUUGCUCAGCUACUAGGCAAGGAUUUAUUGUCAAGGCCAUUGUCUGAUUCUGAUCGUGUGAAGAUUAAAAAGGCACUCAGAGGAGUGAAAGUCGAGGUAACCCAUAGAGGGAAUGUACGUAGAAAAUACCGUGUUUCAGGAUUGACUUCUCAGCCUACUAGAGAGUUAGUGUUUCCUGUUGAUGAUAAUUCAACCAUGAAGUCUAUUGUUGAAUACUUCCAAGAGAUGUAUGGCUUUACAAUUCAGCAUACACAUCUACCUUGUCUUCAAGUAGGAAACCAAAGAAAGGCAAAUUAUUUACCUAUGGAGGCUUGCAAAAUUGUUGAGGGACAGCGAUACACAAAAAGAUUGAAUGAAAGGCAAAUUACUGCUCUCUUGAAAGUCACAUGCCAAAGACCAAGGGAUCGGGAGCAUGACAUUUUGCAGACGGUUCAACAUAAUGCUUACAACCAAGAUCCUUACGCAAAGGAGUUUGGGGUCAAAAUCAGUGAAAAGCUUGCUUCAGUCGAGGCGCGAAUCCUUCCUGCCCCUUGGCUGAAAUAUCAUGAAACUGGAAAAGAAAAGGAUUGUCUGCCUCAAGUUGGGCAGUGGAAUAUGAUGAACAAGAAAAUGAUCAAUGGGAUGACUGUUAGCCGAUGGGCAUGUAUUAACUUCUCACGAAGUGUGCAAGAGAGUGUUGCUCGUGGGUUUUGCAAUGAACUUGCUCAAAUGUGCCAAGUUUCUGGCAUGGAGUUCAAUCCAGAGCCUGUUAUUCCAAUCUAUAGUGCCAGGCCUGAGCUAGUGGAAAAAGCCUUGAAGCAUGUUUAUAAUGCAACCAUGAAUAAAACCAAGGGAAAAGAAUUAGAGCUUCUAUUAGCUAUAUUACCUGACAACAAUGGAUCACUUUAUGGUGAUCUGAAGCGAAUUUGUGAAACUGAUCUAGGCUUGAUAUCACAAUGCUGUCUCACAAAACAUGUCUUCAAGAUCAGUAAACAGUACUUGGCUAAUGUUGCCCUGAAGAUCAAUGUUAAGACGGGUGGCAGAAACACUGUUCUUUUGGAUGCUAUCAGCUGCAGAAUACCACUAGUUAGUGAUAUACCAACGAUAAUAUUUGGUGCAGAUGUGACGCACCCCGAAAAUGGAGAAGACUCCAGCCCCUCAAUAGCAGCUGUAGUAGCUUCACAAGACUGGCCUGAAGUGACAAAAUAUGCUGGACUAGUAUGUGCUCAAGCUCAUAGACAGGAACUUAUACAGGACUUAUACAAAACAUGGCAGGACCCUGUACGUGGCACAGUUAGUGGUGGCAUGAUCAGGGAUCUUCUGGUAUCCUUUAGGAAGGCAACGGGGCAGAAGCCACUGAGGAUUAUAUUUUACAGGGAUGGUGUCAGUGAAGGGCAAUUUUAUCAAGUUCUGCUUUAUGAACUAGAUGCAAUCCGGAAGGCGUGUGCUUCUCUAGAACCGAACUAUCAACCACCGGUGACUUUCAUUGUUGUACAAAAACGACACCACACUCGCCUCUUUGCUAAUAGUCACAGGGACCGAAGCAGCACAGAUAAGAGUGGAAACAUUUUACCAGGAACUGUUGUUGAUUCGAAAAUCUGUCAUCCAACGGAAUUUGAUUUUUACCUUUGCAGUCAUGCUGGUAUUCAGGGAACAAGCCGGCCAGCGCACUACCAUGUUCUUUGGGAUGAAAACAAUUUUACAGCAGACGGAAUACAGUCUCUAACAAACAACCUUUGUUACACAUAUGCAAGGUGUACGCGCUCAGUCUCGGUUGUUCCUCCUGCAUAUUAUGCACAUUUAGCUGCAUUCCGUGCACGGUUCUACAUGGAACCAGAGAUGCAAGAGAAUGGGUCGAACAGUUGCAGUAAUGGUCAAGCGAAAGGUACAAGGGCAGUGGGAGAAUCGGGGGUGCGGCCAUUGCCAGCCUUGAAGGAGAAUGUGAAGAGAGUGAUGUUCUACUGUUAGAAUGGAUGAGUGGAGUGGGAGAUUUGCAACCAUGAAUAGAAUAACUUUUUUCAGCUUAUUAAAAUUUCCUUGUACAGUUUAAAUGAAUGAUUGCAAAGUCUUCCAAAGUUUAGUUUAAGAUAAAAAUGUGAAACGUGGGAGGAAUGAUCCACAGAUGCAAGAAUGUUAAAACUGGGUUAUUAUCUUUAUGUAAAGAAAUGCUAAUUUAGAAUCCUUAAUCAUCUUAUUCUCAA